AUGUCCUACCAAUAUACCGUAACAGAGCGGAGGAAGCGCACAACCACCUCUGGUGGCUAUGGACACUCUGGCAAUCGGUCCGCCUUUGGGUAUUGGAUACCUUUGACCUUGACUGUCACAGCAGCUGCCAUUGGUGUCGCUGCGUGGAUUUGGAGUGAAAGACGCGAUGACGAGGUGGAUUCUAGUGAAGAUGAACACUAUCCCGGGGGCAUUCCGCCUCCAGGGUACCAAAGCAUGAGCGGUGCGCUUCCUGCUCAAGGACAAGCCCAGCCAGGCGCUUUCCCGGGUCCUGGUCCUGGCCCUCAACAACCUGGAGGAUUCGGCGGUCCUGGUGGCCCGCCUCCGCCUGGAGGGUUCCAAGGUCCUCCUCCACCAGGUAAUUUUGAUGGAGGAGGGGAGUAUCGAUCAGCACGAUCUACGACGGUGGAACACCAAGAGGAGACUGGCUUGGUGGCUCGGGUCUCGAGUGCCUUUGGCUUUGGCCGUUCCGCAAGUCCUAUCCCACCCAACGACUGGGCGAGCAAGACAUUUGCAGCAGGGGCCGCGGGCGUCGCAGCUGCUGGCGCUAUGGUCGGUGGUGCUAUUAGCUCAUUUACUGGAAACAGUGGAGGAUACGAAGACCACGAAAGGUGGAGUGAGGAGGCUGAACAGAAAGACUCCAAUCGAGAGAUUACCCAAGGCAUCAGACGGCGCGGUACUGCGGAUGAGUUCUUUUCUGGAGCAGUCAGCCUGCCCAAGACCGCUUCGGUGGUUCAUCGAAAGCGGAGGACUGUGGCGAUUGUUGUUUCUGCUCUGGAGGAUUCCACCACUGGUGAGAUUGAUGUUGGCCAGCAUGCUUCAAUUCUUGCACACCUUCCCGAAUUUAUCGACCCUGAUACAACCAGAAUAUUUGUUUUGAUCUACACGCCAGAACUGAAGGCUCAUCCAUUAAGCCCAGUUGCAACACGACGGCCAUCACAAUCCAUGGCUUCAUCAUUUUCCAAUAUCAGCCAUAAUGAUGCGCACACUCCAGGUGAAACUCCUGCCCAGACACCGGGCGAGUUUCCAUCAGAUGGAAUCUUGUCUCGAGUGGAGCCAAACCCUAUUGACGAGACCACUCCGUUAUACAAGACAUUGCACAACCAGGCACUAGCUAUCGUGGACAAGGACAGUAUGAUCAUCCCGUUCACAUCACAAAACGGGCACAAGCAUAUCCUACGCAGCUUGGCACCAGAAGUAGUAUAUAUACAAGAAUCACUCUGUGGCAGAGACGGUGAAAUAGUCUCUGACCUAUCCGGAUGGGUUCGACAAACUGUGGUGGUGAUCGGCGAUGAAGGGGGCCAUGGUGGAUUGAUUGAUACUGACGAUGAGUCCACGACCAGAAAGAGCGAAACGUGGUGGCAGAGAGAAGAGCGGACUGGUUUGGGUAAGCGGGUGACGGUGGUGGAGAGUCUGAAGAUUGGAGAGGAUUGGCAGAGACGGAUCAAUGAGCGAGAUUGA